GCAAACCCUAGUCUGAAUUCACCAUAUAUAUCUAUCUCUCCAGGCGCAUCUUGAGCAAAGGUUGUAUUGGUAAUUUCAGAGAUCGUUUUUCAUACAACUUUUGCUUACUUUAUUUAUGAAAUUCAAGAGUGUGAAAUUUUGAAAAACCUCUUUCUUCUUUUCAUCCUCUCUUUUUUUUUUUUUCAUCUCAAGCUCAUUCUUCUUCGUAAGUACUAGAUCUUUCUUUGGUUUCAUCUCUUCCUUGCCCUCUCUUAUCUGUUGGCUCUGACCAGCACUCGAGUUGUUCGUUUCUGGUUAAUGGAUACUGAACCCUCUUGGGAUCUUGGGGGGGUGGUAAUUUUUUUUUCAGAAUUGCAUGGCAACAUCAAAUGACCACACUAAUACCAAAUCAUCAGAUUCUCAUACCCUUCUUCUUCGUCUUCUCCUUAUAUUUUUCUCUUUCAUUCUCUUCAUUGGCCUUACAAUCCCCAUGACUCAUCAUCAUCAGUCCACAUCCACUGUCGCUCCCUUCAAGAGGGUUCUUCUUAAAUCUUCGGCUCCAGUUUCAUCCACGAUAGAUCUGCGUCCAAAGGCUCACCCACGAUCCAGCCACACUUCUAGAAAGAAAGAGUUUGGAAAUGAUGCUCAUGAAGUUCCUAGUGGUCCAAACCCUAUUUCCAACUAGAAUAAAAUACAUCAGAAAAAUGUGGAUCAGCGAUUUCUUUCGUUAGGUUUAACGACAAGAGACUGUACAGGAGAAGAAGCAAAAUUAUUAGUCAAGAAUCGUCCAUACAUAGCUUUUGUCUUCUCAAAGCACAGUGCCCUAGACAAAAAAAAGCUGAAUAUCAGAAAAGUGAUGAUUUGAUAAUAAUAAUAAUCGUAUCAAUUCCUCGUUGUUGAAUUAUAUGCCAUCAAUCAUUUACUUUAUGAUGUUCGACUUUUCUUCUCUUUCCUUUUUAAUUCUGUGUAUAUAUUAUUGUAAUACUCCCUCCGUUCUUAAAAGAUCCAUGUUCUGGA